GCUAUAUACACACGAAUGGAUUUAUAUCUCAUGAAGUCAGUUAUUUAAGAAGAGGAUCUUGUCCAGGUAUGCUACAGAAGACUGUCUAUGGGGGCGUCGUUGAAAGCGCACACGGGUCUGUGAGCGCACGAUCCGAACAACCCUCUUGAUACAGACAGCGGUUUUGCCUUAUUUACUAGAGAUACGGUUGACAACUCACACGUACAAGGGCGAUGGACGGUCCGGUUUUCCCGGGUUAUCUGAGAAGUAUGUGUAUUUUCCGAAUUUGAACACAUUUGGAGAAAUUGGAAUAAGAACCGCUACAAUGUCACAAGUGGAGGUUGAAAUAGCUGGACGCGGCUUCCCAAGCCUCUCGGUCGACCUAAACGAUGACUGCUUAUCUGGUCGAGUCCCGUCGAUGCCACUGACCUACAAUUUGGGGACCAGGAGAAACUCUUAUGGGCUUCACAAAAUUAACAUGGACAUUGACCCACAACUAUAUGGCGGGGCGCUUUCAAAGGCUCUGUCCUGGUCAGCGGAGAAUAUUUUAACGUUAAACGAGGCCAGAGUAGAAGAAGACGACAAAACGGAUACUCCACCGGCGUCUCCAUCUCCAGUCUCCAGCCCGGGCGCGAGCAUCACCGGCAGCACGCCCCCCUGUACCCAAGUCUCGGACCCCGUCACCCCGCUGGACAACAACUGGAGCUCGCUCCCGAGCCCCAACACACAAGAUGCCAGCUCGGACUCAGACAAUGAGCUUGUUCAAAAUAAAGCACACAAAGUGUUGUCACGCAGUCCGUAUGAAAGCAAAUGUGAACAGGAGGAGAGGGAGGACAUUGAGACCAAAGCUGUGGCCACCUCACCUGAUGGAAGAUACCUGAAAUUCAACAUUGAGAUUGGGAGGGGAUCGUUCAAGACCGUCUAUAAAGGACUGGACACAGAGACUACUGUGGAAGUGGCAUGGUGCGAGCUGCAGACGCGUAAGCUGACCAAGGUGGAGCGGCAGAGGUUCAGCGAGGAGGUGGAGAUGCUGAAGGGUCUGCAGCACCCAAACAUUGUCCGCUUCUACGACUCCUGGAAGGACAACUCCAAGGGCCUCAAGUGCAUCCUUUUGGUCACUGAGCUCAUGACCUCCGGCACCCUCAAAACGUACCUGAAGAGGUUUAAGGAGAUGAAGCUGAAGCUACUGCAGCGCUGGAGCCGUCAGAUCCUGAAGGGGCUCCACUUCCUCCACACCCGCACCCCUCCCAUCAUCCACAGGGACCUCAAGUGUGACAACAUCUUCAUCACCGGCCCCACCGGCUCCGUCAAGAUUGGAGAUCUGGGCCUGGCCACACUCAAAAGAGCCUCCUUCGCAAAAAGUGUCAUUGGUACCCCAGAGUUCAUGGCUCCAGAGAUGUAUGAGGAGAAGUAUGAUGAGGCUGUGGAUGUCUAUGCCUUUGGGAUGUGUAUCCUGGAGAUGGCCACAUCAGAGUAUCCCUACUCCGAGUGCCAGAACGCAGCACAGAUCUACCGUAAAGUCACCAGCGGGAUGAAACCAGACAGUUUUUACAAAGUCAAGGUCCCAGAGCUCAAAGAGAUCAUCGAAGGAUGUAUCCGGAUGGACAAAGAUGAAAGGUACACCAUCCAGGACCUGCUGGAGCACACGUUCUUCCAGGAGAACAACGGCGUCCAUGUUGAGUUGGCUGAGGAGGACGACACGGUGAAGUCAGGCCUAAAGCUGUGGCUCCGGAUGGACGACACCAAGAAACUCCACGGGAAGUACAAGGACAACAACGCCAUUGAGUUCCUGUUCGAACUCUACAAGGACGUGCCAGAGGAGGUGGCGCAGGAAAUGGUGGUGCUGGGCUUCGUGUGCGAGGCUGACUUCAAGCUGGUGGCCAAGGCCAUCCGGAACCGCGUCAAUGCCAUCAAGCGCCAGCGGGAGAAACUGCGCCUCCUUGCAGAGAAGAAGAAGGAGGCCAUUGAGGAGGAGCCUGAGCCUGCACUGCAGCCGCCCUCCCCGAAAAUCAACAGGUCUCCAUCAAUGUUGGAGACUCCUCAGUGCCCCCUCCUCAUCCCCACCCCGACCCCCACACCUGCCCAGAGCCAGGUUCAGACCCCCCCGAACCCUCACACCCACACUCUGUCCCCACUCAACAGCUAUCUAAACUUGGGCAUCAAUGCCAGCUUCAUCCCUGAACCAGAGGAACCAGAGGCAGACCAGCAUCAGCACUUCCAGGUCCACCACACCAGCUGCUCCUCAGCCAACUCUGACUGUGAGACAGACGGCUAUCUCAGCUCCUCUGGCCUCCAGGACCCCCUGGAGACAGCGGUCAACCUCAAAGGGUCAACCCUCAACGGGACUGGGACUACCUCCCUCAAUGGACACCCUCACCACCACCCCAUCCCAGCCCUUCGCUUUCCCUCUAGUAUUGCAGUAUUAGGUAAUACGGAGCAUGGACACUCUGGAGGACACCCUCCCAGCGGCUUUACCUCACCUGUGGACAGCUACGCCUCUGACAUGAUCUCGGGUUUGAGUGACGUCUAUGAGGGCCUAUCAGAGAGGAGCGGCAAGACUGCUGCCAGGCGCACGGCUGGCAAGCUGUUCCGGAGAAGGGCCCGCAUCACUGGGCUCUCUGACAAAGACGACCGGGUGGUGGAGUGUCAGCUGCAGACUCACAAUGACAAGAUGGUUACCUUCAAGUUCGACCUGGACGGAGACAACCCAGAGGACAUUGCAGCUGUCAUGGUUCACAAUGAGUUCAUCCUGCCAGCGGAGAAGGAGGGGUUUAUCCAACGCAUAGGUGACAUCAUCAAGAGGGCAGAGGCUCUGAUGAAGGAGCAUAAGGUCCACGUGGGUGGCGGCCACGGAGCACCACGCCCACAACACCACAACGGGGUCAACUCACUAUCCGCGUCCCAGCCUAAUCUUCACAGUCACAUUCUGGAGCGGACACACUCUUCCUACUCUCUACCUGACUUCAGCAUGGCUGGCCCCAGUGUAGGGGUAUGUGACUCUCCCUCAGGGCCCACUGGUGGAGGAGACUUCUUCAGCCCAGCAGACAUGACUUCACCUGCAGGGAGACCUCUAUUACGCUCCCAGUCUUUCCAAAAUGCCCCAGGUUCUCCUCACUACUACUACCACCACCCAGCCUCCAUGUACUCCUCAGAGCCCCCCCAGCAGCAACAACACCAGCAGUACUACCACAUGCCCUCCUUCAUGGGCAACACACACUUCCCCUUCACCUACCCAGUGAACCCCGGUGCCCCCAAACCAGUGGGGUCCCAUCCUUCCCUCACACGGGUCGCCAGCAACCCCACGUUCCCCUCCGUCCUCUCCCCAGCCCCAGGCUCCCCCGGUGGCCCCCACUCUGAUGCUCCGAGCCCCUCUGAGUACAGCGGUGAGGGGAACCCCCUGACCCUCCCUCCUCACCCCCAGAACCCCAACAUGUGGCCCUCCCACACACAGCCCCUCUUCUCCCUGGCCAACGUAAUCUCCAUGGCAAUGAGCAUGGCUCAAUCCUUCAUCCCUGCCAACAGCCUGGCUAACCAGGUGAUGCCCUCUAUAGCAGGCUUCCACCCCCAGCUAACCCACCCUCAGUCGGUCUACUCGUCCGUCUACUCCCCCCACUACCAAACUGCUCCAGUGGAGCUCCCUUACACCCAGGGUGGGACGCCUGGCCAAGGGCAGCAACACAGUGUCUACCAGGGCCCAGACAUUCCACCACAGAUGCAGAGGGAUGGCUCAGUGUCUGUGUACUCUCAAAAUGGACACCCCGGCUGGCAGCAUAAUCACAUAUCUCCCCCUACGAUGGGCUACAACAGCCCACAGAUGGUAUCACAGCAAGCAGCAUCCAGCCCUCUAUGCCAUUUACAGAAUAGUUCCCAGGGGUCCUACAUGGUUCCUCAGGACCAGUCUGAUGUGUCCAGCUGUGCGUCAGGGUCUGAUCUGUCCCCUUCGUCCCCAGACAGCCCGGAGAGCACAUUAUCAUUGUUCAGCUCAACCACACCAAUGUCGAGACCUACGGUGCCUGAGAUGAACGCCAGUGCUCCCAAGCCCAGACUAUCCCCCAGUUACACAGAUCCCCCGCCUGCUGCCGUCACAAUGGGUCGUUUCCAGGUCACCCCUAGCAUGGAGAUCCCUGUUCCUGCUGCACCAGAUGGACAAGGCUCUAACCCCACCAGGCCCAAGUCAGUGGGCAGCUCCUCCCCAGGUCGAACCAGGCCCAAGUCAGUGGGCAGUUCUACCCCUGGCCCCACCAGGCCCAAGUCAGUGGGCAGCUCCACCCCAGGCCCCACCAUGCCCAAGUCAGUGGGCAGCUCCACGACAGGCUCCACCAGGCCCAAGUCAGUGGGGAGCUCCACCCCAGGCCCCACCAGGCCCAAGUCAGUGGGCAGCUCCACCCCAGGCCCCACUAGGCCCAAGUCAGUGGGCAGCUCCAACCCAGGCCCCACAAGGCCCAAGUCAGUGGGCAGCUCUACCACUUCUGAGAGCAGCACAGAGGAGCAGGGGCGGGCAGAAACCAGCCUGAACACCUCCCUCACUCUCUCCCCCCCAGACCGACACCUCCCUGUGGAGGAGGACCGGGAGGUCCAGGUAGGGUGGGCCGGGACCAAAGAGCAGCAGCAGGAAGAGGAGGAGGAAGAAGAUGAUGAGGAGAAGAAAGAGCAGCAGAUAGUAAGAAGGAGGAGUGUGUGUAGUCUCAGUCUGAUAGGUACGUCUGCAGACAGCGGCCUGUCCGUCACGGUGGUGGAUUCAGAGGGGCGUGGCCUGUGGGAGGGAGGUGCAGGGAGCCCUACCUACAACUCGGCCCUGCACCACUUGUGGCUGAGCUACAGCCGCAACUUCACGUACAUGAGCAGUGACGACUCGGAGAGCGAGGACGAGGACAUGCGGGAGGAGUUGCAGGUGAUGAGGGAGAAACACUUGGUGCAGGUGCAGAGUCUCCAGGCCACCCAGAAGAGGGAAAUUGAGGAGCUGUAUGAGAGGAUGGGGAAGGUUCCCCCUGCGGGGAUUGUCUCACCUGCCACCAUGCUCUCCAGUCGCCAACGCCGUAUCUCUAAGGAGAGGAGUUACCCCUCCACCUCCCGCAGAAACAGCCUGCAGCGCCUGGACAUGCUCCCCCUCCAAGGUAUCAUCAGGAGGAACUCUCUGGGUGGCAGCAACAGCAGCAGCAGCUCUCUGGAGAAGCCUUCUAAAGGGGUGACCUUUGCUUCCGAUGUCAGUAGAAUGUAAGAAUCUUCAGCCAUGCUUGCUGUAGAAUAAGCCGACUACCUCAUCUAAAAUGUGACUGAAAUAAUCAUGCCCAUCCUGCUGGAGGAAAGAACUGACAUCACCUCUAAACCCUUUAUCUGGGCCCCCAUUGGAGGAGACUAACCUAGAUCCCCCAGAAACCAGGAAGCUCCUCUGCUGAUCCAAUAGUCACAGGGUUAAUCAUAGGUCACAGGUCCGCCAGAGGUCGCUGAGCCCUCUGCUAUGAAGGGGCAACAGAACCUUUGUCAUCCUCUGUCAGUCACCCCCAAGAGAAGCUUGCCAGAGUCAACGGUUCAGUGCAACAUACCCGUUCUAGGACGCCACCAGAGCAGUGUUUAAAGUGAGAUGGUCCAAAGUUUCAAAACGUCCUCAGCUAAUGCGUAUAAAAGGCUCACAAUAGUGCUAGCCCAAGUAGUGCACCAUCAUUCUUCAUACUAUGCCAUGCUAGUGAGAAACGUGCGAUCAUUGUACAUAGCGCCUUAAUGAUCAGCUGUAGUCCUGCCUUGUAGCCACAGAGCAGUAAGGGUUGUUCCAGCUACAAUAUUGGGAUCAUGGGAUCGAGGCCGAGGCUAUUGAUCAUUAUUUUCCUGCUUAUCUGACUGUCGCACACAUUUUUAUUGCGAGCAGUGGAGUGAGAUGAAGCUCAGUAACUCUCGCUGUGUUUCAGAUGAUUCACUCUCCUCUUUGCACAUUUGACUGUCUGUUUGCAAUCUGUUGAUGCUGACUGUAGCUCGCUACUGCCCUCUAGAGUCGGACUACGGAAGUCCAGAUAUGUUAUAGUUUUAGUAACUCAUGCUUGUUUUCCAAUGUACAAUAGUGAUGCAACAAUAUUUCUGAUGAAUUCAACAGAUUUAUGAAGGACGACUGUUGUCAAUGUGUAGAAAGAUGUGAACAUAGGUGUUAAAAGAUGUUAGGCAGUACCUUAUAUACAAUUAUAGUGAGCAUUUAUCAAUAAAAUGCAACACUAUGACAAGUAGCUUUCCGAACAACCAUAUACAGUACUAUAGGUAGACCAACAACACUGAAAUCUUUUAGGUGUCAGUCUUUCCAGAAUAUUUCAGAAUUUCACGUGUUCAUAUGAAAUAUAAAAAGGUUAUACAGUAAGAAGCUAGGCCUAAUACAGCUCUAUAAAUGACAAAUAUCCAAGACUAAAACUACGUAAAAAAAAAACAAAAAAACAAAUCAAGUUAAAUUAUUGCCAAAUCAUCCACAUCGAUUAAAAAAAAAGGCAAUUUAUGGUUGAUGAUUUUCAACUCUCCUGUCUUUUUAGCUGAGACUAUAUUUUCUCCCCAAAUAAUCAAACAUAAGUCUAGACUACUGGUUCUCAGCAUGAUUGUAAAUGUGUAAAUAUGAAAUAAUGCAUUUGUAAAUUACUUUUACAAAUGAAUCAAAGACAUUUUGGCAAGCUACUUUUCUUGUGCAAACACAUUGACAAUGAUAAACCUUGCUGCAAUAAACCAGGCACCCUAUGCACUUUAGUCAAUUCUACUUUAGUAGGAAUUCACACUUUUUGGUAAAGUAAGUAGCAUAUUUAUAUGCACAAGUGGGGAAGAGUACAACUACCCUAACAAAUGAAUUAAACUGUGAGCCCAUAUUAGUGAUUGCCUUAAAUACACAUAUGGAAUUCUAUUGCAAUGAUACUCUUAAGAUUUAUAUUUAAAGAAAGAAAAAGUAAAUGCAUGUAUGAUUGUUGGUUGAUUGUAUUGCUUUAACAUACAAAGCUGCUGUCCUGCCAUGCUCAAUCUGUGCCUUGUCCUUGCAAUGUCUUAUUUUAUAUUUUUACUCUGUAGCUUUGGUGGCUACAACAUACUCUGUAACUCAUAUUUUGACAUAAAUACAGUUGAAAUAAUGAGUGUUCCUCUCAGCUGCCGUACUACUGUGGCAAUAUCAGUGUAUGAAACAUUACACUGACCUUGCUAUAAGAUGUCAUUUAUUGUUGUGAAAAAACAAAUACAAUAUAACAAAUGUACAACUCAAUCCUUUAUCAAUAGAAAUGUGUUUCUUUGUUUCAGUUGAGCUGUUCUAAUUCCACCUAUUUCAAGGCCACUGUAGAAUUAACAUUACUGAUAUAGGUUGAAUUAGUUUUAUAGUUUGGGAGAAAUCAUUUGAUGCUCAUUUGAAGGGAAUACAAAUAAUUUUACACAAAUGCCUACUCGUUGGGAAGAAAAGGAAGGAGAAUAGGGUCAUGUUCAUUGGGGCACUUAACAGAAACCAUUUAAAUAAAUGUUGCCAUCCGCUUGGUGCCUAAUGAACAAGACCCAAGAUCCUGAAAUUAUAAGGGGGUAAUCGGGGGCAAUAGAUCAUUCUUUCUACAUACAAGCAUGUUUAAUCACCAUGAAGACGCUUAAGUCAGCAACACAACCACAUAAAAGUCUAUAUACCAGAGCAAAACAGGGCCCGAUGCUGCCUUGACAGUGGCUAGCAGUGGAAUAAGAUGUAGCACCAGCAUUUGUCAGCAUUAGUCCCUUCCAGUGCAAGUAGGCCUACAGGCGAUAGGAUCAGUGGCACACCACACAGUCGAUCUGAGCUCAGUCCAUCUGAUCAUUAAGUCAGUUGGCGCCUGUCUUUGCCCCCCCCAUCCUCGCGACCUUGGCCUCCUCAUCCAGCUCAUCCAUAAUCUUCUCCUGUUUCACUGAGUAAAACGUGUAGCCAU